AUGUCGACAAAAAACGGUAGGACGGCCGGUGCUUUCGUCGAGCAUGGAUAUAGACCUCGCAAGGAGAAUAUUGAAUGGGGAAAAAAAGGCCAUUUCACUUUCAGGGUUUGUGCGAGAAAAGAGAAAUUGACGAUGCCGAUUGCGCUGUCUCACGAAGUUUCCAAUUGGGCCAACGCCUUUCCAAUUGCAAGUCGAUCCUCCCGCCCUUUAACCAAUCAAGAUCUCAGCCAGACUGACUGGCCGGCCACGAAGGGUUUGAGAUACACGAAAUCAAGACAAAAAGACGAAAUACGCCAAGCCACCCAAGAAGAAAAAGACAGCGAGGAAAGUUCAGGUACGAAUGUGUGA